AUGACGCCCAAGCGAAGCUUAUCACCCGUCGAUGAGCAACAGCCCGAUCUGAAGCGCCCUCGGCUAGAAGAAUCUGAAAAUGAGGUGAUACGACUGGAGGACGAUGAGAUCAGUUCGGUCGCUGCUCUGGUACCGAAUCCGCACUAUCAAGCCAGAACAGGUCUUCAACGUUCGAUCGCGAUGGUCCUCAAUCACGAUGGGUUUCAGGGAGCAAGCCCUGAAGCAAUGGAAAGCUUCACAGGGAUGGUCGAGACGUAUUUGGAGGGUAUGAUUGAAGCUGCGAAAACUCUCGCUUUGGCCGCUCGCCGUGAGCACCCCAUACCUACCGACUUCGAACAUGCGUUACGACGGCACAACGUCAGUGUCUCAUCACUGAAACCACACUUGAACCCACCUGUUCCCAAAGCACAAGCGUUUCCCGGUUACGUUGAUGUGUUGCCCGAAGACCUCGACGCAUACACGACAUUACCGCUACUGGGCGAGGAACUUAGUGGACAGCCUGACAAAGACGAGAAAGAUUACGUCCCGUCUUCUUUCCCCGAGUUCCCCAGCAAACAUACGUACAAAUUCACUCCCCAAGAGGAUACCAGCAUCCGGGAUUCUAAGAAGAUACGCGAAGAGGCAGCCAGAACAGCUCAGCAGGGUGAGGACGCUCUCAGACGGCUAGUACGAGCAUCCAAGAUGCGAAAACAGAAAGAAGUGAAAAAUUUGGUGGAACGUGAUACACAUGGAAAAGAGAGAUUUCGGCUUUGGGAAUCCACGAUGAAACGGUUCAUGGCAACGGAAGGCAGAGGGGAGAACACUGAUCAGAUGGAGAUCGCGGACCAUAGCAUGAUCGUCAACGGAGAAGCGCUCUUCUCACGAAAGGAAGUCCCAAGAGCUGGCAAGCGCUCAGCUGCUUUAGCAAGCAAAAAGGCGGCAUGA